AUGGCCUCCAUUUUUAUCCAGCUCCUCGAAGAAGGAGGAGGGGGUGGUGAUGGCGAGCACAAGUUGCCCCCUGGUUCCCCACCGAUGCAAAAAUUCGAGGGGCCAUGGUUCACGACGCAAUUAACCAUCUCCCUCUCUGUCGGAUUGACGUCGUUCUUUUUGUUUUCUUACUGUAGAACUAGGUGGCCUCUUAUCUUCGCACCGCGGACAAAACUGAAAGGGUUUUCUCCUCACGAGGCUCACGCGCACCAGGCAUUUUUUGGUUGGAUAAUGCCGACCAUCAGGACUUCCGAGUUUACUGUUCUUCAGAUUGUUGGGCUCGACGCGGCUGUGCUCUUAAACUUCUUCAAGAUGUCAUUCUAUCUUUUCUCCGUCUGUUCCCUGUUUGCCACUACGAUGCUUAUGCCAUUGAAUUGGAAGCACAAUAAAGAUCUGGACGACGACACUGACUGGCCUGACGAUAAAGAUGAUUGGCCAAUUUUGAGGAAGAGAGCCUUUGAUCCCGUCACGAAUCAUACCGGCCACGACUGGCUGGACCUCAUCAGCGACGCGAACUCAUAUCUGUCUCUUCACCUUAUGUUCACAUAUCUAUUCACACUCCUUGCACUCUAUUUCAUUUACAAGAAUUAUCGACGGUUCCUUCGUUCUCGCCAGCUUUUCUCCCUCGAAUUGGUACACUCCAUUCCUGCACGGACGGUCAUUGUGACAGAUCUUCCCAAUCACUUACAAGGGGAACGACCAUUGGCGGAUUAUUUUGAAAACAUGGGGUUGGCUGUCGAAAGUGUGACGGUUUGCCGAGAAGUGGGGAGUUUGAAGACCUUGCUUGAUCGAAGGACGAGAGCCCUCUUAGAGCUGGAGACGGCUUGGGUCAGUUACGUUGGCAAUCCCAGCACAGUGGAAGAGUACGAUCCAGAAGACAACGGCAUUCCGCUAUUGGUUGAUACGGAUGUUGAGGGAGGGCAGCAGUCAGGUCAGGGGAGACUCGUGGUUCCUCAUCGGAAAAGACCUACACUGAGGCCAGGGUGGUUCAAGCCAAAGGUGGAUGCUUUGGAGUACUUGGAGAAUCAGUUUAAAGAGGCAGAUGAGCUCGUCAAGAAGCGAAGACGGACGGGCAAGUUCAAGGCUACAAGGGCCGCAUUUGUCACAUUUGAAAAAAUGUCAAGUGCUCAAAUUGCCGUUCAAGUCGCUCACGCUCCAGGCCCAGGCCAAAUAACCACCUACCCCGCACCAGAACCCCGCGAUAUCGUCUGGUCAAACAUGGCUCCUUCUCAGGCCACGAUCCGAACUCGCGACUUCUUUGUACUUGCUAUCAUGGGGUUUCUUCUGUUCUUUUGGAUCUUUCCUAUCACUGCCCUGGCCAGUUUGCUGAGUUACAAGGAAAUCAAGAAGUCGAUGCCUUGGUUGGGGAAUCUCAUUGACUCCAAUGAACAAGUCAGGGCAAUCGUUCAGAAUUCAUUGCCCAGUGUAGCUAUGAUCAGUCUGAACGCUCUUUUGCCAUUUAUUUUGGAAGCUUUGACUUACGUUCAGGGGUACAGAGCACGAAGUUGGGUUGAGUAUUCGCUGCUGAAGAAAUAUUUUCUAUUCCUUCUUGUCAACGUUGUCUUUAUUUUCCUGCUUGCAUCGACGUAUUGGCAACUCGUUCGAGAUUUGGCUAAUUCGCCUGCCAAAGUUCCGGAGAAGCUCGCACAAGCGCUGCAGGCUGGUCGAGCAAGGCACUUCUUCCUAUCGUAUGUUAUCCUCCAAGGUCUUGGUAUCAUGCCUCUCCAGCUGCUCAAUUUGGGUGUUAUCGUACCCCGUUUCUUUUAUCGCAUGUUUCUCACGCGUACGCCUCGAGACUUUGCCGAGCUCAACGCGCCCCCUAUGAUCAACUAUGGGGUGGUCUACCCACAGGCUAUCCUCAUGUUCGUCAUCACAAUGUUGUACAGCGUUGUACAACCUUUGAUCGUCAUAUUCGGCGCCAUCUACUUUGGCGUGGCGUAUGUUGUCUACAAAUACAAACUGCUGUUUGUCUUUUACAAGCCCUAUGAAUCUCAAGGGCAAGCCUGGCCCAUCACUUUCAUCCGCCUCAUUUGGGGGGUCGUCAUUUUCCUACUCUUCAUGAUUGGCAUUUUCACGCUCAGAAAAUCGUACAUUCUUUCGUCACUCCUCGUGCCACUGCUCAUCGGCACGGUUGUCUGGUCGUGGUAUGUAGACAAGGAACUUAAGCCUCUGAGCAAGUUCGUCAGUUUGAGCUCGGUGUUUGAAGUUCAGCGAGGGGAGGAAACUGCGGAUGUGCUUAGACUGAGGGCUGGUCAUCCUGUUACUUGGUCGCAGAGUAACUUGAACAGGAGGAGGUAUGCUCAGAAUGAUGAUACACUCUAUGUUGCUCCUGAAGAUGAGCGGACGGAUUAUUCACAACCGCCCAUGGCUAACUGGUAUAGCGGUGUCCUCAAUACUGGAAAACGGCGAUACGGUCACCCUGCGCUGAAUGGCGUUCUGCCAGAGCCAUGGCUCCCUUUGAAGAAGGGACAAACUCUUAUCAAUAACGAUCGCGGCGCAAAUGCUCGGGCACAUAAAGAUCCAAACCAAGCUGUCGUCCUGACGUUGCGAAAACGCUACAGCGUCAGUGCGCGCCGAGCGUCACGCGUCCCAGCCGCUGGGGGUGAGACUAUCGCCUUGGGCGGUCCGAGCUCUACAAAUCAGCUUGAUCCUACGGUUGUGAGUAAUCCGUGGGAAGACGCUGCUGGCAAUACACGGCAGCGGUCGCAUACGCUGAGCCAUCGACUAAGCUACGACCAUGCGUCUGGGGUUAUCAUGCUGCCUGAUGAUGGCGGGGACUGGAUCGAGGCAGACGAUGAUGACAGCGAUGAGGUGGAUUAUGGAACGGAGAAUGGAGGUUUGGAGAGGAGUUUGACAGAGUCGAUGCUUAGUUCCCCGGGGGAGGAGGGGAACGGGGGUCAACAACUCCGACAACCUGCGUUGUCCUCUAGCCCUACGACUUCGACACCGAGUAGGCCGUCAAGGUAUGGAACAUAUUUCCAUCAUCCGGAGAGGCGGAGAUUGCAGAUUCCUGGCGCAUUUCCAAGGUCAUAAAUAGCACACUUGAUACCCCUUGAUUGUUAUAAUAAUAACUUUUAAUUAUGUAAUGAUCUUAGGACUUGGCCUUC